GAGGACUUACAGAGCGUGCAGUCUACCCUCAGCCGGCUGAAGCGCGAGAAGGAGGAGCUGGAGAAAAAGGAGCGACGAGAGUCUGAAGCACAGGACAAGAAGCUAUGGACCUCUAUAGAGGGAGCCAUCACAGCUGCUGAAGAAAGCGCUCGAAAGCGGGCAAAGGAAGAGGCAGACCGGAUCGCUGCUGCUCGCAAGACACAAGAAGAAGCAGAGAAGAAAGCAAAGGCUGCUCGAGAGGAUCAGGAGAAGAAAGCUCUUGAGGAGAAGGAAGCAAAUGAACAGCGGACAAAGAAGGAGCAAGAGAAGAAGAAGGCAGAGGAGGAGAAGACCAAGGCUGCUCAGCAAGCAAAGGAAGAGGCGGCGAAGAACAAGGAGGCUAUGAAGAGCUUCGGAGAAAAGGUCCUACCUGUCAUUGCAGACAACUCCGAAUGGAGAAAGCAGUGCUUUGCCGCCAAGCGACAGAUCACGCCCAAAAUUGGACAAUUGACCAAUUCAAAAGCAGAAAUUUGGCGUAUUACUUCGACCAUCUCGAGCCUACUCAAAGAAGCUCAGGCAGCCCCUAGUCCCAACCAGGAGAUCUAUCAAUGGGUACUGAACCACCUGAGCAAAUGUCUCAUUCGACAAGCAGAGCAGGAAGUGGCCGUAAAGGUGGAUACUGCCUUCCCGCUUGCUCGCGUGGUCGUCUGGCUGCUUCUUGACGGGCACGAGAAGCUUGGAGAGAUACUCAUGGCGAGAUUGGUCAAGAAGAGCUGCUGGUGUCUUGGCUACUUUCCUGAGAAGAGACCGGAUCAGGACAAUGUUGCCUACUCCAAAUCCGUUGGUCGAGCCUCGCCCGAAGAGACAUCCGUACAAUUCGCCUCUCGUCAAUCGGGCAUUGCAGCCUUCUACUUUGCCAUCUGCCAAACUCCCCCUACUCCUCCACCCUCCCAGCCCGCUUCGGCCUCAGUGGACGUCUCCCUCGUCCCCGCCCACUUCCGUCCUUCAGCGCUAUGGAAAUGGCAAGCGCGUUGCGUCACCCCACCCAUGACCUCGCACGCAAUCGUACCCGCCCUCUGGUCCACCUUGCUAGAAGUGGCCGGCCCUCGACUAUUGGAGUACUACGGUCGACAGACGGGCAAGGUCUGGGAACUCCUCUACACUCAGGGGAUCAUGGCUGGUAGGGCUGGAUUUGUUAAGCUGGAUGAGGGCAAGGCGGCUAGUGGGAGAUUGCAAUUGAUGCUUGAAGAUUGGAAGAAGAGCGGAAAGGUGGAGAUCCUCAAGGGAAGGGAGAUGCAGGCUUAA